UUCAUUAGAAUUAAUUCUAUGCAAAUUUUUGAAUUUUGCAGUUGAUACUACUGCUGAUAUUUUCGAGUCUAUGUUAAAGUUAACCUUGUUCUUGGCCUACUUUGUCAGUAACGAUGCAGGGGAGCAAGCUCGAUAUUUCCAAGGGAUGAUGCGUGGAUAAUGGAACAGAUUUUCUGUAUAAGAUAUUUCAUUAUUUUCACAUAUUUUCUUCAGAAUUUUAUUAACAUUUUACCACGUUUCAAAACGUAGAAUUUAAUUAAUAAAACGUCCAAUAAUGUAAAAAAGAUGCAAACAUUAUUUAUAAAUACUGAACAGUUAAUUUGGGUGACAUAAAAAAACGCAUAUGAAUCACAAGAAGUGUUGCAAAAUAAUUACAAAUGCAUGUGAAUUGUAAUUUUCUUGCAUUUACAAUAUUUUAGAUAAAUACGAGAUGAAUACAAUUACUUGAAAAUUUUCAUUCGCAUACUUUUAAGAUAAAUCUUAUUUAUCUAUAUCAGUUAAAUAUUUAUGAAUACUUACUAAUCACAGUCUCUAUUUUUGAAUUACAAUAUUAAUUAUUUUGUUAAACUCAAACACACAUAGUUCAUGCAGUUCUAUGUAGAUAUGAUAGAUAAAACUAAAAGUUGUCGAAUGGCAACUGAACGCAGUUGGAUAGAGGCAACUUUUCAAAAAAGAGAAUGUUCAAAAUUUAUUCCAAGUGCAGAUGAUGAACACAAGUUUAUGCAAGUAAAAGGAGAUAAGAAUGCUGAAUAUGAUGUGAUUACCACUUCCAGAUGUUGUUGUGGAUAUUCUUAUACUCAUCACUGCAGAGUUGGUAUAGAUGUUCAAAGUUACACUCUUAGCAAUACCAAAGAAAAAGAUCGGGAACAAUGGUCUCCCGCUAAAAAUACGCGUCCAUUUCCUACAGAUGCAUAUGGUACCAUUGAGUUUCAAGGUGGACCUCAUCCAACUAAAGCCCAAUAUGUGAGACUUGCUUAUGAUACAAGACCAGAACCAAUAGUACAUUUAUUAUGUCGAGAAUGGAAUUUGGGAUUACCUAAAUUACUCAUAACUGUGCACGGUGGUCGUUCUAAUUUCGAACUACAGCCUACUUUGAAAAAAGUUUUGCGAAAAGGUUUAUUAAAAGCUGCAAAGACAACUGGAGCAUGGAUAUUUACAGGUGGAACCAAUACAGGUGUAACAAGACAAGUUGGAGAUGCUCUGCUAUUAGAAAGAUCUCAAAGACAAGGUCGUGUUGUAAGCAUUGGCAUAGCACCAUGGGGAAUUUUAGAUAAAAGUCACGAACUUGUAGGCCGUGGAGGCGAAGUAUCUUAUGAUUGCCUUUCAUCUCCAUGGUCUAAAUAUGCAGUUUUAAACAAUCGCCAUGCAUAUUUUUUAUUAGUCGAUAACGGUACCGGUGGUCGAUAUGGUGCAGAAAUUGUGUUACGUAGAAGAUUAGAAAAAUAUAUUUCAAAUUUAAAAUUACAGCCAUAUACACAUAGCAGUAUUCCUGUUGUGGCGUUAGUCAUCGAAGGAGGUACAAAUACAAUUCGAUCAGUUUUAGAAUACGUCACAGACGUUCCACCUGUUCCUGUAGUAGUCUGUGAUGGCUCGGGUCGCGCAGCUGAUCUCAUUGCUUUUAUGCAUAAAUAUGCAUCUGAAGGAGAUGGAGAAAACGCAGAUAUCGAGGGACCAUUAGAAAGUAUGAGAGAACAUCUUUUAGAUACAAUAAAACGCACUUUCAAAGUAUCUGCCGAACAAGCAUCGCAAUUGUACUCUGAAUUACUACAAUGUACGCGUAAGAAGCACUUGAUAACAGUAUUUAGAAUAAGUCAAGAGCGACCACAAGAACUCGAUCAAACGAUUCUAACAGCUUUAUUUAAGUCUAAACAAUUAUCCCCAGCUGAACAACUAUCAUUAUCUUUAAUUUGGAAUAGAGUAGAUAUAGCACGUUGUGAAAUAUUUGUAUAUGGGCAAAAUUGGCCACCAGGUGCUUUAGAGCAGGCAAUGAUGCAAGCUCUGCAACACGAUCGUAUUGAUUUUGUGAAACUUCUUUUAGAAAAUGGAGUUUCUAUGCGUAAAUUUUUAUCUAUACCUCGACUCGAAGAAUUAUAUAAUACCAAAGAAGGUCCAUCAAAUACAUUGGGUUACAUUCUUCGCGACGUUCGACCAAAUAUUCCACGAGGUUAUAUGUAUACUUUACAUGAUAUCGGUCUUGUAAUAAAUAAAUUAAUGGGUGGAGCGUAUCGAUCUCAAUACACACGCAGGAGAUUCCGUAUGAUUUAUACCAAAGUAAUGAAAAGAUCUGGAGCACAUCCUCAACAUUUACAUCGAAAUAGCUGUGUAUUGGGUAACACUACUCGUUACUAUUCAGGAUCUGGUAGCAAACAGGAUAGCUUAACGAUGAGUUUGCUUGCUGAAACGUUGCCGGCUAAUAGAGAUACACCGCUUUUUGAUUAUCCAUUCAAUGAAUUGCUUAUAUGGGCUGUAUUAACGAAACGUCAGCAAAUGGCUCUCUUAAUGUGGCAACAUGGAGAAGAAGCUUUAGCAAAAGCAUUAGUUGCCCUUAAAUUGUAUAAAGCCAUGGCACAUGAGGCUGCUGAGGAUGAUCUUGAAACAGAAGUUUAUGAUGAAUUACGAAGUUAUGGAAAAGAAUUUGAAAAUAUUGCUUUGGAAUUAUUAGAUUUUUGUUAUCGUCAAGAUGACGAUCAAACGAAACAACUAUUAACAUCUGAACUCCAAAAUUGGUCUGGUCAAACGUGUCUUUCAUUAGCAGUCACGGCCAAUCAUCGACCUUUAUUAGCACAUCCUUGUAGUCAAAUCAUUUUAGCUGAUUUGUGGAUGGGUGGUCUUCGUACAAGAAAAAAUACGAAUUUAAAAGUCGUACUUGGAUUGAUUUGUCCAUUUUAUAUAAUAUGUUUGGAAUUUAAAAGUCGCGAGGAAUUGCAAUUGAUGCCUCAAACUCAAGAAGAACAUCUAAUCGCUCUUGAAGAUGAGAAAGAAGAUAGUGAUUCAGAACAUGGUGUACCAACAGGUCCAGAUGUCGAGAAACGUCAGCGCAGGAGCCUGAGCGUACGCAACAAAUCCAGCAGCCAACAAGGCGCUAAGUUAUCAUCAAGGAAAACUUCUAUUUAUUCAGUAUCGGAAUCCGUACCGGCUUUAAUUAGCAACGAACAUACUACAACUAUUGUGAAGGAAACAAUUGUACAAGAAAAUGGUAAAGUACUAACUGAUAAUGAUGAUGGAAUUCAUCGUGCAUAUGGUAUUCAUUCUGAUUACUAUGAUAUCAAGAAUAGUAGGCCAUUAAGAUUGAGGAAAAAAUUGUAUGAAUUUUAUACAGCUCCAAUUACAAAAUUUUGGGCGAAUGCUAUAGCAUAUAUGAUAUUCCUAGUUCUGUUUUCAUACUCUAUUCUCAUACACAUGGAUGAUCAUCCAUCAUUAGCAGAAAUUUAUGCAAUUGCAUAUAUUUGUACAUUAGGAUGUGAAAAAGUACGCGAAAUUGCAACAUCUGAGCCAGCUACUCUUUCGCAUAAAUUUAGUGUAUGGGCGUGGAAUAUGUGGAAUCCCUGUGACGCAGCUGCUAUUAUAUUUUUUCAAAUUGGUUUGGCUUUGCGCUUAAGACAUUCUACUCUUGAUGUCGGUCGUGUUAUUUAUUGUGUCGACUGUAUUUAUUGGUACUUACGAAUACUAAACAUCCUUGGUGUAAAUAAAUAUUUUGGUCCUUUAGUUACAAUGAUGGGAAAAAUGGUAAAAAAUAUGACAUAUUUUGUGGUACUUUUAAUAGUGGUAUUACUGAGUUUUGGAGUUACUAGACAGGCAAUUUUGAAUCCUAAUGCUGAACCUAAAUUUAGAAUUAUUCGUGAUAUAUUUAUGGAACCAUAUUUUAUGUUAUACGGAGAAGUAUAUGCAGACAACAUAGAUCCUGAUUGCGGAGAUGAGCCAGGAAUGAUUCCAUGCUUACCAGGCCGCUGGAUCACACCAGCUGUAAUGUCUAUUUAUCUUUUAAUUGCAAAUAUAUUAUUGAUAAAUCUUUUGAUUGCGGUUUUCAAUAAUAUUUUCAAUGAGGUAAACGCGGUGGCGCACCAAGUUUGGAUGUUCCAACGUUUUACUGUUGUUAUGGAGUACGAACAAAAACCAGUUUUACCCCCUCCACUCAUUGUAGUUUGUCACAUAUAUCUGGUGGUGAAAUAUUUGCUGCGAUAUAUAACACAAGGAAAAGCAAGCAGUGGUGAAACAUACGACAAUGGAUUGAAGUUAUUCUUAGAAGCAGAUGACAUGGAACGUCUCUAUGAUUUUGAGGAAGAUUGUGUUGAAGGAUAUUUUCGUGAGCAAGAAUUGAAAUUGCAAAUGUCUACAGAAGAACGUGUUAAAAUUACUACAGAAAGAGUAGAGAAUAUGCAUUCAAAGAUCGAAGAUAUUGACAAAAAAGAAAAUACUCAAAAUGCUUCACUUCAGGCAGUAGAAUUUCGUAUCCGCAAAUUAGAAGAAUUAAAUGAACAGACUUUGGCACAUUUAGGAGUUAUCCACCGAUUCAUGGCUACUCAUAUGCCCAAUAUAGAGGGUUUAUCAAAUUUUGAUAUAGAGGGUCGCCAGCGUAGAAUAUCAGAACGUUCAGAAGUUCUCUCAGAGACAGAUUCUCAUACACAAUUACCGACUAUCACGGCUAAACGCAAAAGAUUAGUUCGAUCGAUGACUGAUGCCACGUUUCUCAAUUUAGGCCCAUCAUUAGAUGAUGAUAUAAUGAAACAUUCAGAAACUAUUACGUCUCGUGAAAACUUGAGUAGAAAUGAAUCUUCUAUAAGUGGAGAUGGACAUAUUAUUCAAGAUGAUAUAAAAACAAUCACAAGCCAGGAAACUGAAUUUAGCAAAAUCGAUGGUGAAAGAGAAACUAUAAAAAAAGAUUCACAAUUGGAUAGUAGAGAGACAAGCAGAGAACCAAGUGAAGAGCCAAGUAGUAAAGAACCAAGCACGGAUCCAAGUAGACAAACAAGUAGAGAAUUGAGUAGAGAAACUAGCAAAGAUGCUACAAGUAAAGAACCGAGUAGAGAAGCCAGCAGUGAAGCACCAGCUUCAGAACCUAUUAGACAAGAUUCUAUAGAACGACCCAUCAGACAGAACAGUAGAACGCGUUCAGAAUCAGAUGAUAUAAUGAUAUUACCUUCCAACAUACCAAGAGGUGUGACCUGGGCGGAACCACGUGUUGCAGUAAUUCCAUCAGUGUCUUCAACAAAUACGCAAAGAUCUAUUCUACUAGCUAUGCGUGCUGAAUAUACAAGUAUAACAGAUGAGUUGGAAAGUUAUUGUGGUCUUUUAAGUCCACCUCGAACACCGCCAAUUUCUCCACCACCUUCAAGGGUUAGAAACUUAUCCGAAAUGUCAAAUCCUGAAAUGGCUUGGCAAAUUGAGAAUGAACAUUUACGUGAUGCUGAGGAAUGCGAUUAUCAACAGAUGGAAGAUCUAAUACAGAGGAGAUACAUUGCAGAUGACGAACCUUUGCAUGUUUCGGAUGAAGCUAGCGGUGGUUCAUUCUUCAUAUCGAAUGAACAUAGACAUCAACUUCGAAGAAUUUCUGCUAUUGAUGAAGAGUCACGAAGACCUCCUCCUACUAUUAGCGUGACCAGGGAAAUUGAACAAACGCUUUCAAGACCACCAAUUCGAGAUUCGGAAAAUUCAGAUCCAAAUGAUAAGAAUUUGAAUACGGUACCUGCCCCAGCAUCAGAAACUAUGUGUUAAAUGGUACAAUUGUCUGCAGGUAAUCUUAUUUUAAUAUAUUUUACGAAUUGAUUUGAUUCAAUGAGAUUGUACAAGUUGAAGCUACAAUGAAAUAUAUUUUCAGUUAUGUUCAUAUUUUAUUCAUUUUAAUGUUGAAAUGU